CGCCUCUAUGGGUGGACACCGCUCUUAGUUAAUCCGUGAGCGGAGCGUAUGACGGUUCUCCGGUAGCGCCUCAACGCAUUUACCUAAACACGCCUAAACGGUGCCCGUAGCGGUCGCCGCCACGCGCUCAGUGCGUUCGGACACCGCAUCUGUCAACAGAGCAACUUGAAUGACGGGGAGUGCGUUCGGCGAUCGUCUGCUCUGCGUGUGUAUGCCGGCCCAACCCCCUGUGAGGGAGCCGGAGGAGGAGGUGGAGUUGGAUGCAGGAGACUCACAACUCCAUGAAGCCAACGGAGAGGUGGAGGGGCCAAGAGAGAACGAGGAGAGAGGAGGUGGCGGAGGAGAGGAAACCAUGGAGGAGAGCAUGGAGGAGAGGGACAGUGACUUAGAAGAGACUGAGGAGGAGGAAGAGGAGGAGGAAGAGGAGGAGAGUUCAGAGAUGGACGAUGAAGACUGCGAGCGGCGGAGAGGGGAAUGUGUGGAUGAGAUGCUUGAUCUGGAAAAACAAUUCCAAGAGCUGAAAGAGAAGUUGUUUCGUGAGCGGUUGAACCAGGUAAAAGUGAAGCUGGAUGAAGUGUUGACAGGUAAAGCGGGAGAAUACAGAGAACCACUGGCUGGUCUACAAAACAGUAUGCAGAUACGGACACAGGUGGCUGGUGUGUACAGAGAGCUGUGUCUGCAGGUGAUCAAACACAAGUACGAGUGUGAAGUGCAAGGAGCAAAGCAGCACCUGGAGAGCGAACAGACGCUGCUGUUUGACGCCAUGAAGACGGAGCUGCUGGAGAAGAUCCGGAGGCUGGAGGAGGACCGGCAGAACAUAGAUCUCAGCUCAGAAUGGAGCGACGAGCUGAGGAGCAAGAAGUCCAAAAAGAAAAACCUGUUUGGUCAGUCGGAGAGGAAAAAGAAAGUAGCUCUGGUUUCAGGACCCUUCAUAGUCUACAUGUUGAGGGACAUUGACAUCCUUGAGGACUGGACAACUAUUAAGAAGGCAAAGGCAGCUCUGUCGCCGCUGAAGAAGAAACUAGACAAGCGGUGAUGUUAGGACAGCGAUGCCAAAGGCCGAAGACGCAAACACUCACAUUCCCAGCUCCUUCCACUAACAGCUGCUUUCGCCUCAGACUGUUGUUUUUCUCUGCACCUUUGACCCUGUGUGACCAGCCAACCCAUGCUUGUUAUCUAUUUCUAUUUAAAAGGUUUUAAUAUGUAUUUAUAGAAUGAUUUAUAAUGGUGAUUAAAUUUUAAUCUUUUGUGACACAAA